AACAAUAUUCAGUUAAAGGUACUGUAGAAACAAAAUACCGUGCGCAUCUAGUAAUAUUGGAAAAUAUCAAUGGAAUACGGUAUAUCUAGGUGAGAACACUUUAUUAGCAAUACAGACGCCGGAGAAGGUUUUAACUGAAUACAUUCGAAAAUGCAAAAAUAUUUACACGCUUUAUUAGCAUUUGUCAUACAAUCUGACAUAAUAGCUUCAUGCCUUAACACAACAGAGGCAAACAAUCUGUAUUCAAGUCUGCUUAUUGAUUACAACAGCAAACUAUUGCCCCUCACAAAUCAAAGUGAAGCGGCGGAAGUUGGUGUUUUUGUUUAUUUACGUAGUAUCAACACAUUUGAUGAACUGUCCGGUGAAUUAGCGUUGACAUUAAUAUUCAACUUCACAUGGACGGAAGAACGUAUGUCAUGGUCUCCUGAAGAUUAUGGCGGGAAAAAAUAUCUUCUUAUAGCACCGGAAGACAUAUGGCGACCAAAAACAUUUGUACGUGAAUCGUUUGAUAAUAUACAAGAAAUUGGCAAAGUAUCUGAAAUGUUAAGGAUCAACCAUGAAGGUAUAGUUGUGUGGACAAUGGGUUCUGUUACAAAAAUCACUUGUCCAGUUGAUGUGACAUUCUUCCCUUUUGAUAGCCAAUAUUGUUCUAUAACUUUAACUUCCUUUACAGUCAGGAGUGAAGAUGUAAUGUUCCUUUCUUUAAAACCAUCUUUUAUUACAACCUAUUGGACUGAAAACAGUCAGUGGUUAUACGUAAAUAGCACUGUUUACAACUUAACUGUUCCUCAUGGCCCAUCUGGAAUUAAAAUCGACUUCACAUUAAAACGGCGAAGUGAAUUUUAUACAAUUUAUAUAGUAACACCAUUAGUGUUUCUUGGAGGGAUGAAUAAUCUGGUGUUUACUAUGCCAGCUUCGUCUGGAGAGAGGACAUCGGUCGCUAUCACAGCGUUCUUAUCAUUUGCAGUCUACAUGCAGAUAGUAAACAACAAUGUUCCACAAAGUUCAUCUCCUAUUGCAUAUAUUUAUUACUAUUUAAUGUUUCUUUUAUUGUAUAGUUCAUACAUAAUGUUUAUGUGCAUAGUGUCUAUGCGAAUAUAUGACAGGAAAGGGAAAAUACCGGUCGUUACUAAAUAUCUUGUAUAUUGUUUAAGAUGUAUGUGUUUUAAAAGGAUGUGCAAAAUUGGAAAAAUAUGUAUUGGUAACGACAAGACGCCCACAAGAGUGAUCAAUGUAGUAGAAACAGAUUUAAGCAAUGGUCAAAACACUAAUGUUGAUUGUGAACGAGUUGAAUCUGAUAAAGAUCAGUUAAAGGAAGGCUCCAAGGAAGAUGAUGAUCUAACUUGGACAAAUGUCGGAGAAACAUUUGAUACCUACUGUUCAUGGUUUAAUUGUUUGGGGUAUUGGACAAUUACCGGUUUUACAAUAAUAUGUCUGUAUUCAAAUGCAGAAAUUUUGAAAUCAUUCCGAUAAUAUCAUUUAAAACUAAUAACAUUUUGAUUUUGCCGCGUGUUUAAUGACAAUUUGAUGUAUGGUAGUUUAAUAGAGAAUUUGAUAAAUUAAAAAAAAAUUCUACUAUGUUUAGACUAAUCAAAAGAAAAUUAUUUGCUAAUAUCAAAAAGGCAAAUAUCAUAGUGAUCAUAGACAUAUUUUGUUUGAUGAAUAAGAUUAGAGAUUAUUUAUCAUUUUACAUUUUACAUUAAGUUCAUCACAUGAUGAUCAUUUGCUUUCUGUAAGAAGAAACAUUUAAGAUUAUCUCAUAAAAUCUGUAAAAUAAUAUUUUUGUCAGUUAUAUGAAAAUUUAUUAUUAUAUAAGAAAGAUAAAUUGAAUCCAAUUCAAUUAAACUUUUUAUAUGACAAUGUUACUUAAGCAAUGUAUAAAUGACCUGUUUGCUGCUGCUGAUAUAGCAUUGCUUGCAACAGUUACCAAGACACAAUUCCUAACACAAAGAAACAUACUAUAUAAAUUAACAAAACCUAAAUUGAUACUGUAUACAACUGUUGUAUUAUACAUGCACAAUCAAUUACUAUGAUAAAAAUAAAUGGUAUAAUCAGUUAACAUGUUUAUCCUACCUACGAUAAUAAAGUUCAAUAGAUUAUGUUUUCUAAGGAAUAACUGUAAUAAACUUUCUUAAUUAAUUAAGGAAUUAAAGUGUCAUAAUUGUUUGUUUAUACAAUCAAGCUUUAGCCUAUAGUAGGGCCGAAACGUCUCGCGGAAAAUGGCCGACACGUCCAAUGGUCGAUUUUUCGAUUCGGGCCGAUUUAGUUUGGGGCCGAAAUAUUCUGUUUCCGUAUUGGCCUAUUGAGCUUAGCCAAAAGAUGCAUCUAAUUAGCUAUUAUUGGUGGUAACAGACAUGCACUUUUUCCUUUUUGUGUUUUUUGUUUUCUUCUCCAGGUUGAAAAAAUGUCAAUAUUAAUAAUAUAUUAUUAUUUCAUAUUAUAAAAUGUAAACAAUUGAUAUCAUUGACAUUUUACUAACCGUAAAGGGGAAACAUUUCACAAGGCGUUUCUUUUGAUUUCGUAACACUAUACAUCCCCUUUUUAUUUUAUUUUUUAUUUGUAAUUGCAAUCUAAAUGAUCAAUGCAGCUGUUACAGAAGUUUUGUUGUUUUUGUUUUUGUUGUUGUUGUGUUUUUUUAUUUUUUCGAUUUUGAAUAUAAUAUUUGAAUUAUGAUUGUUGAAUGAUUUCAUGGUCCGGGUUUAGUUUUUCUCCCUUGUUGGUCUUUAUUUUCAUAUUUAAGUUAAAACGAGAUAUAUCAGUCACGCUAAAAGUUAAUGAUUUGCAAUAUUAUAUUCUAAUAAAUCAAUAGUUCGAAUUUGUUUGAACUCUUUUUUUUACUUAAAUAUAUACAUUGUACCUGGCAUUGGUACUGCGUAAUUGAAUAUGGAUUAAAUAUGUAGAAGGCUAAUUAAUUAUGUAUAUAGAAGGCUAAUUGAGUAUGAUUUUAUUCAAGUAAAUGCCAGCAGGUCAUAGACCCACGAGGACAACAUAUUUACAAAUAAGCAACAUAUUAAUAUAAAAUGCAUACAUGUAAAACAAUAUCAGCAGUUUUGUACAUAAUAGAUAUUUCAAUAUUUUUUCUGCCAUAUUCCAUCCCAUGUAAAUAUUAACAUACAAAUACACUCUUUCUGUAAUAAAUACAACACACAAAAUUGUAUAUAUAGGUUGUGCCAGCAAUGGAAAUAAAAAUAUAAAAUGAACAAAAAGUACUGAAUGAUAUAUAUCCCUGUGGCUUUGGUCUGUUUUGUCAACCA